CCUGCUCUUCAUCAUUUUUCCAGCAGCUUCAGUUGGCCACCAGAUGUCUCUUUAGGACUUUGUUUUUAGAGAAAAUUGACAGAGAAGCUCGUGAGCUUCAUGAGGCUUCAUUCGUCUGAGCAUCAGGUGUGUUUAAGGGCAAACGGAAAACGGAGCUCUUUCCUUUCUGUCUGUGGGUUCUGUGGGAGUCUGUCGGUUUUGUCUCCUGCGCUGUGAUCUCUCUCUCUCCAUGAUCCUUUCUUCUCUCCCCCUCCCACUAUAAAGUCUGUGUCUCCCCCUCCCUCAGUCCUGUUCAUGCGUGGAAGGGGGAGAGCGUCCAGCAGAAACCUUCCUCUCCGUGAGCCGCGAUUCAGUCCGGCUGUAGCCGUGGGAGCAAAAGGACGCGCGGCAGGCGCGGGCCGUGCAGGUUCCUGUUCACGGCGAUCCCUCAUAACCCCCCUCCCUCCUCUCCCGGAUCCGCGCGCCGGCGGCACAUCAGAGGGUUUGGAACGGAAUACUGGACCUGUGACUGCGCCUGCGCGCCGCCGUGGCUCUUCACGCAGCGUCGCCGAACUGACAGCGGUGGGAGGAAGUCAUCAGCUGUUGCUGCUCGCGCUCCGUGGAUGUGCGUGUUUCUGCCAUGUGGGGGCUCGUGCGCUCGCGUUGCUGCUGGAUAUUGCCUGUCAUGCUGUCCGCGUGCGCCUUGCAGCGGGCCGACGGUUAUCCCGCAGGGACUGAGAAACCAGUGGGGAGCCGGGCACCUGUCCAGAGUCCACACAAAGCUGCGGCCGGCGGGUCACGACUCAGCAGAUCUGCCACUGAGGAACCCUACUGGGCCUACUCAGGUAUCUACGGGCCAAAUGAGGGCUGGGAAUCUGCCUUCCCUGAAUGUAGAGAAAAAAAUCAGUCACCAAUCAACAUCGUUGACAAAGACGCCAAAGUUUCCACGGAAUAUCAGGAACUGACUCUGGAAGGCUUCGAUACCAAAUCUUCCAAUAGGACAACCAUGAAGAACACUGGAAAAACUGUGGCCAUAACGCUGAAGGAUGAGUACUUUGUUCAGGGCGGGGGCCUGCCAGGGAGAUUCAAGGCUGAAAAACUGGAGUUUCAUUGGGGUCCAGUCAAUGGCUCAGACGGCUCUGAACACAGCAUUGAUGGUCGCCGCUUCCCUGUAGAGAUGCAGAUCUUCAUGUACAACUCAGACGAUUUUGACAGCCUCGGUGCGGCGCUCAGGCAGAGGAGGAUGAUUGCAGCCAUGGCGGUCUUCUUCCAGGUAGGGGGGCGGGACUAUCAUGCAGCGGAUGCCAUAAUCCAUGGCCUGAAGGGCGUUGUGCACCACGAGAAAGAAACGUUCCUGGAGCCGUUUGUGCUGAAGGACCUGCUGCCCCCCUCACUGGGAAGCUACUACCGUUACUCUGGCUCUCUGACAACCCCACCCUGCAGCAAGGUGGUGGAGUGGAUCAUCUUCAGCAGACCGAUCUACAUUUCCUACAAACAGUUGGAGGCUUUCUACUCGAUCUUCACCACAGAGCAGCAGGACCACGUUAAGUCUGUGGAGUAUUUGCGCAGUAACUUCAGACCAGUCCAGAGCCUGGACAACCGGAUUGUCUUCAAGUCUGCCGUCAAAGACGCCUGGAUGCACGACUUCGCAGACAACAGCGGGAGGUCAUACGGCGCUGAAUCUUCCAAUGUGUGCAGCAGCGCCCCCAUCAACACGAAGGUCCAGCACGUGAAUGGCAGCACGCUUGUGGUUCGCUGGGCCCGACCCGAGGUCACUUACCAUCCGCCCAUCCUCCACUUCCUGGUGUCCUAUAGCUGGACGGCCCACGAUGACAGCUUUGAGGAAACGCACCUCGCCGAUGCCAAACACAAACUGGAGGCCAUCAUCUCUCCCGUCUCUCCUGAUGUGCUGUACCUAUUUCGAGUGCAGGCCAUCUGCAGGAACGACAUGCGCAGCGACUUCAGCCAAAGCAUCCUCUUCAGAGCAAACACCACCAGAAUCUUUGAAGGGACACGGAUUGUAAAAACCGGCAUGCCCACAGUGUCUCCAGCCUCCUCUGCUGACAUGGCCCCUAUCUCCUCUGGCUCAUCCACCUGGACUUCUGCUGGCAUUCCUUUCUCUUUUGUCUCCAUGGCAACAGGCAUCGGACCAUCCUCCAGUGGUAGUCAGGCAACAGUGGCAUCCGUGGUGACCAGUACUUUACUGGCUGGCCUUGCCUUUAGUGGGGGCGUCAUCUCAUCGUUCCCCAGCUCUGUUUGGCCGAGCGCCGGAUCAAAUCGUAACCCCGUCCCCUCAUGUCAGAACACCAGGGAUGCUUCCUCCUCUUCUGCUGUGACCGCCACAGCCAGUGAUGAAGGAGGCACUGAGGGAGAUGAGGACAACUGUCAAAAUGAGGAUGUAGAGGAAGAAGACAAGGAAAAAGACAAGAAGAAGAAAAGGCGGGAAGACAUGGAUGAGGAUGGGGCAGAGGACGACAAUCCUGCAAAGAAUCAGAGGAAACAGGAUCCACCUGAUAGUCCACCAAUUAAAGAAAAGCAGCUAGAGGGGAAGACCCUUCAAGCUCAACCUUUCACCACAGAGGUCACUGCUGAGGUUUCUGCAUUUCCUACCUCGAAAAACCCUGCUGAAUUUGGCGGAGGGAAGUUGAGGCUGCGGGAGGAGAAGGACAGCAAACAUGGCGAUGGCAGUGACAGCAGCUGUGUGAAGGGUGGAAGGAAAGAUCAGUGUGAUACAAAAGUGCUCCUACACAGUUACCCCCAGAGGCUGGAGCCCACCCUACCAGUCCUCAGUUUGACCCCUGGGUCCUCUGUGACCCAGCUGCCUGGCGUUUCCUGCAGUUCUAAGGUGGAGCAGGCAGGAACCCACACCUACACCAACAGGAGCCUGCAGCAGAUCAGAGACGGAAGAACCACAGACAUCUUCAACCUCCUCCUCUCUCAGAGCAGCUACCUCCUUCACACCGAGUUUACCUGCAAAAUGACUCCCAUUGAGGCUCUGGGAGUCAUUUUGGAGGAGGAAACAUCAAGCAGCCAGCUGCACCGCCUCUUCAGCAGCCUCCUGUCAUUGGGACACAGAAAUCAUGUGGAGAAACACCUCAGGCGGUUACCCAAAGCCAGACUUAAAGAAUACUUCGACACUAAGAAGAGCAAAAAGAAUGAUGGAAGCUCCUCUGUGGUGCCAUCACGACAAGCCAGCUUGGACCAAACUCCCCCACCUGCCGUCCAGGGCGCCCCGUCCACCACGGAUGAGCCCUCAGUGGGGAUUCAUGACAUACAAGACUGGAGGAGGCUGAACCCUGAGCUUCCCUCCCCUGAGCUCAUCAUCAAAGAAGACGCUGCCCUGCGAGAUGGACCAGCCGUCACUCAGUGUGUGUCAGCAUGUGUGGGUCUGCUGCUGAAAAGCAAAGGCAUCAACCACAUUCAUCAAAUGUUUAUCAGAGGGAUGAAACCAGACGUCUUUACAGACCAGAGCCUGCCUGCAGCUCAGAACCAGUACCAGUGUCUCUGUGAGGUUCUGUUCAGCAUGGUUACACAGAGGAGUCCAACUCGGGUCUUCAGGGGAGGAACUUUAACAGGACUCUAGAGUCCCAUUUCCACCGAAAAGAGAAGAUCUGAGUACCCAAGUCUGGUGUCCCACUGGUCCAAGUCUGUCUGGAUUUCCAUGGAACUCUUGUGGAUUUUUUGAGGCCUUUUUUGCCAGAUUCUUGGUUAAAAGAAAUACUCUGAUAACUUUUUUACACUGAGACAGUUUUGGAUAUUUUCCUUUUUUUCCCCCCAUUUUUUGUCUCGGUCUUAUUGAAGGACUCUCAGCUGCAGGUUUGGGUUUUAGGACAGCACAGGGAGGGGGGGGGGGGGUAACACUUUGUGUCUUUUCUUGUUGCACUAUGACCUGUGAGUGUUACUGCCGUCAUUAAAGCUGACCCAUGGCUUCUCCGCACUCAGAUGAUUUUGUAUUUAUUUUUUGUCAAACGCCACAUCCUCAGCUGCUUCUGAAGUACCGUCCACGCACCCCAACCCAGAUGUUACAGAGGACAAACCCUGGGGCUUUGCUGGCUCCGAUCAUUUCACUUACUGACCCACAGAACCAGGAUCUGGGUGUGCUGCCGCAGACACCUCUGCUGACCCUUAGCGGUGUUUCAACUACUACUGUGAACUUUUAUGAUUCUUUCUUUGUAUAAUUCAAUUAUGCUUUUAAUAUAUGGGAAUUCUGUAUGUAUACAUAUAUGAAUAUACACUUACCAUGAUGA